AGACUUCCUCAUUCGUCUGUAGCCACCCUGCAAUGGAGGAUGUGUAAAUUUAACGGCCAACGCUAGCUUUUUGUUUCAUAGGGGCUAGCCGCCAUUCUCUAUUUGAGCCUUAUUUUUCUCCCUCAACCAGUAAACAAACGCCUUACUACCAAGCUAAAUAUUUAAGAUGAAUAUAAUUCAGACAAAUCGGGCCGCCUACAGCCUAACGAACGGAAACAUGAGCGUAUUUCUCACUCAAAAUGGAGGCGUCGACGGACACAUGCACUACGGACCAGGAGAUUCAUCCCCUCAGAUCGCAAUGGGCUCUUCUCUAGCCUCUCACAACGGGAGUGUCGGCUCCAGCGACGCCCCGAAACGGCCAAAGAACCUGGGAGUGAGUCCGACUAAUGGGUAUUUAACAAAAGCCAUUCGCGGGGUCAGCGACGACGUCGAGGACGGCUCUCUGCCGUGCACCCCGGAGCUCCUCUCGGACACUGAAAUCGACGUCUCCGGGUGUCCAGCGGGGGACGAAGUGUUGAACAGUGAAACGACGCAACUCAUUGACUGUUUCCUGAGAGACUUUACUGGACUUUCUAAAUCUCGGUGGAACGAAAGCAAAGCACUAGCAACGAUGAAAAGAGUUGUGGAUGGCGUUUUGGAGAAACACAGAUACGCGUACAAUGGUAUGAUCAGAAAACUGUCAUUAGAUGAAAGGGAGGACGAUGCAAGCUUUGUCGGGGCGGUAGCAAAGAGCCUCUUUGCAGAUGGAACCACCAACUGGGGUCGUGUUGCCAGCCUGGUUGCCUUUGGAGCGGUGGUGUCUCAGUACCUGACGGAGAAGGGCAGGGGCAACUGUGUGGAGCUGGUGGGACAGGAGAUCUCCUCGUACCUGCUGACGCACCAGCGGGACUGGCUGGUCAAGAACAACUCUUGGGAUGGCUUUGUCGAGUUCUUUCGAGUAGCAGACCCGGAGUCCACAGUGAGGAACACACUCAUGGCCUUUGCUGGAUUUGCCGGUAUCGGGGCGACACUGGCCCUGUUGAUCAGGUGAAUUUAAUGGACAUUCGAGACAGAGACUUUGUCAUGAGCAUCAAGUUUUUACAUUGCAUUGAAGAUCACGGCUGACAAGGGGGACCACAUCGUGUCCUUUUUCUCCUCCUAUCCACCCCCCCAGCCCACGCACACAACUACAAAAUAAGUUGAUCUGAAAGGACAUUACCAGCAUACGUCACCUUUCAAACAAUUAGGUUUUAUUUAAUUUUAAAUAAAUUUAUUUUUCUAAAUAAAUGUAAAAAUGUAUGUAUCUAUGCAAAAAUGGGCAGUCAGUUGACCUGAUUUUCCUUGAUUAUGGUUCUGUGUUAUUAUAGAAUUCCCUGGCUGUAUUGGCCCCACCCAUGCCAAAACAGUAAGGGGAAGCUGCAUUUUUUUCCAUGUAUGAAGCCCAUUUCCAAAUAGCCCAUUCAUUCAUAACUCCUGGGUCUUAUGUAUGGACACCUCAACCAUGUUAGAGGAGAUAGGGGGGUGGAUUUGCAUGAGUGUAGCUCUGCUUCCUUGCGAUGAAAAUGUUGGAUGUGCAGUAGGAGACGUGAGCAAUCCACGUUGCAGGACUUUUGACUGAACAGGCGCCUGGAAAAUGUUUGGAGUCUGUUUUUGGAUGAAAUGAACCUGGACUGAGUAUGGAAGAAGCAGAUUGUGUCAAUUGAGUGCCCCAAAGCUGAAAGUAGUCAGACCUCCAUAUAAUGACAAUGAUUAAAAAAAAAGAAAAGUUCAUAUCCAGCUUGUAAGCUUGAAGAAAAACAAAAAAAAAAAAAUUCACAUGGUUUGACCUUUUUGAUAUUGGUUCAGGGAAUCUUUGCUAAAGCCAGAGCUUACAUGUACACCCCGAACCCAGUUCUGUUAUGCUGAUAUGUUUCCUCGCUUUCAACUUAACGCCUUCUGCACUUGUCAACCUCCUUUUUUUUUUUUUUUAUGUUUAUUCACGCCACAACCCAAGACGGCCUAGGCUGCUGUUUCCUCGAAAUUUGAUGAGACUGCAGCAGCGCCUCCAUCACACUAAGCGCUCAGCUGCAUCCGCCGAGUUGCACAGUUCUUUGCAAAGCUGGUGCAUAACAUCUGAAUGCACCAGCACAAGCUAUAUUGUGAAACUGGGGUUAAAGAGUUCAAAAUUGUGUACCACUCUAUUUCCUGGGUUGGAAGGCUACCUAGAAACUGGGGACUUUAAACAAAUACAUUGAUUUUGACUGGGUACUUUGUCUUAAUGUGUCGCUUGAGCGUUGUCUGAGUUUUUGCUUCUUUUUUUUUUUUUUUUUUUUUAAUGCAAAAUUACAGCCAUUUUCUCUUUACAUGCUUACAUUUCUAAAAUGGUUGUAAGGAAGGUUUCUAGACUCUGCUAGACCAUAGUUAAAUCCUGUUCCACUGUACUGUAACUGCUUGUAACAUACAUCUGGAAAUACAGAAAUAUUUUUGCACUUAA